AGGAUCGUGAUUUCCAGGGGGGAAAUCACUUCGACCAAUAUGAAGAGGGCCAGUUGGAGCUGGAGCAGGCCUCUCUGGACAAGCCCAUAGAAUCGCCCAGUUUUUAAAGCCAGGUUCGUAUGGAAAUGCUUUCACUCCACUUGCACUGCUAUUGGAAUCGGCGUAUUGCUUUCAUCUGUCUGUUUAUUUUAGUGCAUCCAUUUGCUCCGCGCAGCCCGUGCAGCGUCUCGCCUUCCUGCCUCGCCUCCUGUCCAAUCAGAUCUCAGGAAUGCCACCCCAGAUUUUUUUUUUCCCCCCCCUAUUCUUUAAACUCCAGUGAUUCAUUUUUAUUCCUUUGCUGGAAGCAGCGGUGCUUUUGUUACUCUUUUCCUUCCUUUUGUUUUUUUUUUGUUUUUUUUCGGCUCAUUAAGGCCAGAAUGAGAUCACCGUCCUAAAAAGGCAACAGGAGUUGCCUCCACUCCGACUGAUGUAAUGGAAACGUGACUUCGCUGCGAUUGAAAUGCUGUCAGUAUCCAGUGACCAUCCUUGGGAGCAAAACAAAAGGCCUCCUUCCCCCGUCCGGCCAGGCCCGUGUCAGGCGGGAGUCGUGAAAGACGGCGAGGCCCGCGCCGCCUGGCCACGCCUGCGAACAAACUCGUUCACCCGUGCGCGCGUGCGGUUGUGUACCGGCGCCUGAGUUUCUCCUGGGCGGUGCGGAUGCUCGCUGCUGCACAACACGCCGCAGUAAUUGGACACCAGUUUGCCCCGGGUGUGUGUGUGUGCGUCAAGGCUCCCGUCAGCCCACGGCUAUCCACGUUAGAAACACGCCUUGGCAGUCUGGCAGCUAGCGUGUUGUAGCUAGUCACAGCCAGUCACAGAGCUAGUUGGACAGCUCCUACCGCCGAGAGAACCGCUGAACCCCCGUGUUGCCAUGGCAACAAACGGGGUCAGAACGCCGUGCUCUAUCUCUUCAGGAGACCGGGGAGAGUGUCCAUUAGCGGGGUGUCUGUACUCAGCUCUUCUUCGCCGCACUGCCGAAGCGGUAAUCGACCGAUGCUGAGGGAAGACGCUCGGCCAGCUUGCAUUACCCGGCCUCAGAGGAGCACUGUGAUGAGUGCGUCUCCCCAUUGUGAAGGGAGGAGAGGCGCGGCGCAGUCCGUUACAGCAGGGACACGAUUUCACCCGUGAGCCCUCAGUCUCGUUCAGGCUAGCGGAAACCAGCAGGAGCAUUGCCGGUAUGACAGCUGGCCUGGAAAUGCAGGGAAUCGGAUCAAUGUAAAAAAAUGUGUCGUUGUUUUUGAAUCGUUUAGAGAAUGACUUUAAGCGAAAGAAUUUAUUAGAUCUUAUAUUGAAGAAACUACGGGAUAAAUAAGGAUGACUGGAGUGAAACUUGCACGUGUGUGUGAUUAGAGGGCUUGUGAGGUGAUGUCCAGCAGACUGUUGUUUCCCCCUCACAAAAUGGCCAGGAUUCACGAUUGCCUUCUGUGAUGCCCUGCCAGACCCAUGACGGCUCAGAGAGGAUUAACGUUUCAGACGUAACGCGAAUUCUGUGCAAAAGAGGCCUCGGGCUGACAGCAGGUGGUGUUCCUAACCCAACACUGCAUUUUUGCUUCUGCAAGAAAAUCCAAAUACUGAAAUCUUUUCUUUGUCAGAUAUUAUACAAACCAAAUCUGACUGUUCUUUAAACAGAUUGUUUAGAACUCCUGAGGUCUUAAUUUGACAUCAGUGUGAAUUAGGGCUUUUUAUUUUGGAUUGUGCAUCUUACAUAGAGCCCCCUCCUGCUAGAGCCAGCCAUUUAAUAGUGGCCUUUGAAUAGUGUGGCGUCUUCUGUGUCGAAACAAGGUCAAACUGGAGCAUUUCAAUCCCAGCCUAGAAGUGGCGUUCCUCACCCUCUUUUGGAAGUUGCCUUGUUGAUUCUUGGAACCAAUUGCUCAAAACGCACAUAGCAGGACGUUUUCUGCCUCCAGAGAAGCUAUCGGCCGUUGGCUUGUAAGUUUCAAGCACCUGUAUCUAAUGGCAACGCUAAAUGUUUGGUCUCUGGUCUUCACCAGAAGCGGUUUGAGUCCAUCCCCGCUGUCACAAUGUUUAUGGCGAUGCCCGGAGGUUUUAUUAGCCACUUUUAUCUUUUGUGUACUGCAGGCAUAAAUAAGAAAUGUUUCAGCGGUGAAUGUUUUGUCUUCAACGAACAUCCUGGUCAAGUCAGCCGCUAGUGUAGAUCUCGUAAUUCUGUGAUAUUUUUGAACUCCAAUUCCGGGCCUUUCUAAUGCCGUGGCAAUCCAAAUUUGAACAGCUGCUUUUUGAAGUGUUUUUUUUUUCCCGAAUGCUGAUCUGUUUCACAUUAUAGGGUGAUGGGAAGACCAAGCCCACUGAAUUUUAUUUGCUGUCUGCUCUGAAGAGCCUGCAGCAUUGCCAAACUGGAUCUCCAGUCGAGAGGCUGUAGAAGUUUUCUCGUUCUUCCGGAACCAUACCACUCACCAUCACCCCUAUGUCCUCUAGACAGCCCUUCUCUUGUUAUAUUCUGUUAAACCAACCAGGAAAAUGCAUCAGUAAAACCCCGGCCUCAACUGAGUUUUCUUUGAUUUGAAUACCUAUGAAAGCCGUGAGACUUUAUAACCAGACGUCCAGUGGAACUGGUCCUGAACGUUGCGGCUUUCCCACACGCAAAGCAAGGAAACGUUGCUUUGGAACUGCAAUAGUUCAUAUCCCAUACCUUUAUAGAACCAAAGUUUACCCGUAAAAGGGUUGACCUCACCACUGUGGUGAAGCAUAAGAGGGCAUCCAGAGGAUGUGGUGUUUUACUGUGGUGUAAACCGAGUGGAGCAGAAUACGGAGUAAGGGAAGAGUAUGUCUAAGAGGGCGAAGCAUCGGGUGGGGCGCCGUACACACGACUGUGUGUGUGUGAAAGCAGGUCACCGUUCUGGGAAGAUGGAAUUGGAAAGACCGCGCCCCCAAACGACACGCGGAGGCGAACGGGCGCGGCGAGACGCUGCACCGGCCGCGCGCGACGAGGCGACCCUUCGUGUGCUCUAACGGUUCUGGCUACCCGCGGCUCUGCCUGCCCCGUCCUAACCCCUCAGGCUUCUGCAUUUAGACGACUGUGUGUGGAGUACAUCACCGCCCCGUGCUUGCGUUCAUCUGUCAUGGUCGUUUCUGUAGCUCUCUUUAAUUUUGCUCCCCUUGUAUGUUCAACGUAUUCAGCGCGCUACUAACAUCACCGUUCUCAUCAUUGUUAGUUGCUAGCAAAAAUUUGCAUGUUAUGCUGUUUUUACUUUUUCAGUUUGAAUUUUCAGUUUUGAAUUUUGAAGAAACCUUAUCACUGAUAGAAAAUGUCUUGAAUUCCCCCCCCUCUCCACCCCACCCUGUUUUGAUGAUUUUCUUUUUUUUGUAUUCUGUCUGGUGAUGGGUGUUUAGUGAUGGGGAAAUUGUGCCUUGUGGUUUUUUCAUUGAGUGUUUCGUUGAGGGUAGUGUGUCACGCUCUCACACGCACCCAUGCACGCACCCCAGGGCUGUGCACUGGUGAGCCACGCCCUUUCUCUCGUGGCGGUACACGCGGUGCUCCUUGGGUUAUGGGUAUGGUUUCACCUCCAGCUUGAGUUGUCUAUCUCUUUUUGUGUUGAUGCAAGGUCUCGCUUUGUUGUGUAUGACUAUGUCCGUUGUAGGUUUAAAUAUGUAUAUGGUCCGUAUACAUAUUUGGACAUGUAUGCCUCUUUGUACAUAUUGAGUCAUAUUGCUCUUUGUAGUGGUUGCCUCUUAUUUUGAAUUACUUUUUUGUUUUGUUUUUCCACUGUUUUGCCUGUGACAUUCCCCCUGUCCAAACACAGUGCACAGAAGCUGCCCAUCACCUUGAGAAAGACACCCCAGUACUAGAGGACUGUAGCUAUGUCCUCAGUUUUAGUACCCACUGCUGUCAACAGGUACUGUGUCCCUAAACAGAAAGCUAGGAGACAUGAGAGCAGAUGUAGGAGAAACGAUUACCGGUUGUAGGGGAAGGGAUAUUAUUUUGUCACUAUAAACACUCAACCUUCCUCACCCCCCCCCCUCCCUCCCAGCUGUACUGCCAGUGUUCUCUCAGCAUGCUGAUUCACUCGAAGGGAUCUGAUAUGCCACGGUAUCGCAGGUGAUCUAACUGUCCAUCCAGUAGCCCUCCUUCCCCCCUGCUCCUCAUCCUGACAUGUGCCUGUGGGGAAAAGCCCUUCUUAUUAUUGGAAUAUUUUUGGUUUUUUUCUUCUCUGUUCUGUCCAUCAGGAUAAUAUCGGGCACCGGCUUCUGCAGAAACAUGGCUGGAAGCUGGGCCAAGGCCUGGGGAAAACCAUGCAGGGCCGGACAGACCCUGUGCCCAUCAUCCUCAAAUAUGAUGUCAUGGGAAUGGGACGCAUGGAGAUGGAGUUGGACUAUGCAGAGGAUGCCACUGAGAAGCGCAGAGUGCUGGAGGUCGAGAAGGAGGACACGGAGGAGCUGCGGCAGAAGUACAAGGAUUAUGCCGAGAAAGAGAAGGCCAUCGCCAAAGCUCUGGAGGACUUGAGGGCCAACUUCUACUGCGAGCUGUGCGACAAACAGUACCAGAAGCACCAGGAGUUUGACAAUCACAUCAACUCCUAUGACCACGCUCACAAGCAGAGGCUGAAGGAGCUGAAGCAGCGAGAGUUCGCGAGGAACGUGUCAUCCCGCUCGCGCAGGGAUGAGAGGAAGCAGGAGAAGAUGCUGCGGAGGCUGCACGAGCUGGCGGAGCAGAGGAAGCAGCAGGACUGUGCACUUGGUAGCGGCCCCAUGUUUAAGCCCACCACUGUGGCAGUUGACGGGGAGAGCAACGAGGAGGGCGCCCAAAACCCAGAGGGAGUGCCCGUCUCAGACUGCGUGGCAGAGGGGUCUCCACAGGAGGACAACGCCCUGUCCAACGCUCCAACGUCACCUAAGCAACCGCCAGCAGUCGGCUCCGCUGUAACCCGGAACAGCUCCUCCCCCUCCCCCACCGUUUCCCUCAUGCCCAAGGUCAGCGUGUCCUUCUCCUUGGCCAAGAAGGCUCCGGUCAAGCUGGAGACGGCAGCCGCUGUGUUUGCCGAUCAUGGCGAGGAGGCCCAGGCAGAGGAGGGCCAAGAAGAAGAGGAGGCGGCGGCGGCCACGGGGACCCCCAGAGCAGCCAGCACAGAGAACCCCGUCGAGGAGGAGCCGCAGCCGCCUGACGAGGGCAGCUCUCUGGCCUCCACGCUCUCUAAGCUGAAGAUGAUGAUGAAGAAGGAUGAAGGCUUCUCUGGGCAGGAGCCUCAGUACUAUCACUACAUGCCCCCAGCCCACUGCCGGGUCAAGCCCAAAUUCCAGUUCCUUGUUUUCAUGAAGGCGUCGAACCAGAGCAGCGACAACGAGGGCGAAGGGACGGCUGUGGCUACCACGGCCGACCCAGCAGGCAAGAAGGCCGACGCCGGGGAGGCCAAGACGGAGAAGGAGCCCGAUAAGGCUGACGGAACGGAAGCCGUGGAGCCCGCGACCUCCUCGGCUGGAGUGAAGACGGAGCCAGCGGCCGAGCAACCCCCUGCUGCGCCGCCCGCGGCUACUUCGGAAGACUGCAGCCGGAAGGCCGGGGAGCCCCACACAGGCCCCCGCCUCCCUGCUAGCCCCUUCUUCCCUGUACUGAGUAAAGACGAAAGCACCACGCUUCAGUGGCCCACAGAGCUGCUGGAGUUCACGCAAGCUCAGCCCUCGCUCUCCUACAGCUGCAAUCCCCUUUACUUCGACUUCAAGCUCUCCCGAAACAGAGGGGCCCGUGCUGGGAGGGCACCCCGCCCCACGGAUCCCAACGCCAAACCGGCCAAGUCCGAAGGGGCUGGUCCGGAAGGGGUCAAGCAAGAGCUCGCCCAAGGGGCAAGUGAGGCGGAGGUUCCGGGGCCCAGCGCAGACAGCAAAGAGAACCCCACAGUGAAGGAAGGGAGCACCGAGGGAAAGGAUGAGGAGAAGACCCCACAGAAAAGCAGCAGCAAGAAAAAGAAGAAGAAGAAGAAAAAGAAGCAUAAGAAGUCCGGCAAGCACUCGAAGAGGAAGGAGAAAGAGGCAGCUGAGGGAGAGGCAGAGACCGAGGCCCCGGGAGAAAAAUCGAAGAAGAAGAAAAAGCACAAGCGAAAGAAAAGUAAGACCCAAGCACCCGACGACAAGGGAGGAGAGGAGGAGGACGAUUCGGGAGCAGGGGCUGGGGCUUCAGGAGCUGCGGAUGGGUCUGCUUCAGGGAAGAGGAAGCGGCAGAAGGAUGAACCCCAAAAGCCAGAGUCGAAGGAGAGGGAAGGAGGAGGAGGAGGGAAAGGCCCCCCGAAGUCCGGCUCGGCGGAAGGACACUGCAGUGCCAAGCGGCACAAGCCUGACCCCAGCGCCACAGCAUCCAGCACCGCUGCCUCCACCUCCGCCCAGAAACGCUCGAGCAGCGGGAGCGGGCGGGGCAGCAGGCAGGCCAGCAGCGAGAGCGAGGACGGGGGCUCCUCCCACCGCUCCCACCGAAACUCCACGCCCCGGCAGCAGCACAGGCACUACAGCGAGGAGGAGGACUCUGAGCGCUCCCGCAGCCGGUCCUCCCGUCGCCGGGGGCGCGGCCCCUCCUCGCACAGCCAGUCGUACUCCAGCAGCUCGGAGCGCUCCUCGGCGGGCAGCAGCCGCUACAGCCGCCGCAGCCGCAGCUACUCCGACAGCUACAGCGACUACAGCGACAGCGGGCGCCGCCGCUCGAAGCACUCCUCCGGCUCGGACUACGGCCGGCGCAGCGGGAGCCGUCGCCACGGUGGCCGCCGCCGUCGCUACACCUCCUCCUCCUCAGAGGCGGACUCCAGCCGGUCGCGGAGCCGCGGGCGGCGGAGCAGGCGUCGGCGUCACCGGCGCAGCAGCUCCCGCAGCUCCAGCAGCAGCGGCACGCCGCGCUCCUGGAGGCGCAGCAGCUACAGCCGCAGCCACAGCUCGGCCAGCCGCUCCUCCAGCUCCCCCAAGGGCUCCUCCGCCCGCCGCCGUGCCAGCUCGGGCCACCGCCGCGACUUCAGCCGCUCCCGCAUCUACCGCUCCCAGUCGCCCCGCUCCUCCUCCCGCGGCCCCGCCCGCAAGGACCCGUCCCGCAACAGCAUCUCCUCUUCCUCCCUGCACAGGGGCGGCGGGCCGGGGAAGGCCGCUUCGGGGGGCGCGGGGGAGCGGAACUCCCUGACCGCCAGGCAACUGCUAGAGAAGGUGCAGUCCCGCAAGGGUCCGGACGAGGCCGCGCCGGGGGUCAAGCCGGGCAUCAAGCUGAAGGACCCCCCGCAGGGAUACUUCGGGCCCAAGCUGCCCCCUACCCUGGGGAACAAAGCGAUGCUGCCCCUGUUUGGGAAGCAUCCGAUGGGCAAGAAGUCCCCGCUGCUCUCCCUGCGGAGGCCGGAGGAGGUGGAAAAGGAGGCCGCGGGAAAGGGCGCGGAGUCCGGGGCCGAGGUGAUCCUCGUGGAGCCCAUCCGGGAGUUCCCGCCCCCGCCGCCCCCUCCCCAGCCGCCGCAGCAGCAGAUUGAGGACGCCGCGCAGAAGGCGGCGGCGGCGGUGGCGCAGGACGCGGUGCAGCUCCCUGCCCCGGAGACGCAGGCGCUGCCGGAGCCACGGCUGUUCGAGCGGGACCCCGGCAUGCUGGUGCAACCGUACCCCGCCGAGCCCGGGCAAGAGGUACCCAACCCCGUGCUGGAGUCCCUCCUGCCCGACAUGCAGCACCACGUGCCCCAGCAGCACCCCAUGCACCCCUACCCCGGGUACCCGCACCCGGGUUUGGAGGAGGAGGACAUGGGCAUGGAGGAGGACGACGACUCCUCCCUGGCUCCCCUGGAGAGCCAGCCCAUCACCUUCACCCCGGAGGAGAUGGAGAAGUACAGCAAGCUUCAGCAGGCCGCCCAGCAGCACAUCCAGCAGCAGCUGCUGGCCAAGCAGGUCAAGAGCUUCCCGUCGGCGGCGGCCGCAGCCGCGGCGGCGCUCCCCGCCAACCUCGCUCCGGCGCCGCCCCCUCCCACCCUGCAGCAAAUCCACAUCCAGCAGCCGACCGCCUCCCCUUCCGCCACCUCCAUCACCACUGUGCAGCACGCCCUCCUGCAGCACCACGCCGCCACCGCGGCCGCCAUCGGCAUCCACCCCCACGCGCAGCACCCGCACGCCCAUCAGCUGGCCCAGGUGCACCACAUCCCCCAGCACCACCUCACCCCCAUCUCCCUUUCGCCGCUGGGCCACUCGCUGGGCCACUCCCUGGGCCACUCGCUCAUUCCCGCUCACCACACCGCCUUCCUCUCUGGACAGCCCAUCCACAUCAUCCCUGCCUCCGCCCUCCACCACACCCCGCUGGCCCUGCACCAUGUCCCGCACGCUGCCCUCUACCCCACUCUCUUUGCGCCCCGGCCCAAUGCCGCCGCUGCCGCCGCCGCUCUGCACUUGCACCCCCUGCUGCACCCCAUUUUCUCGGGACAGGACCUCCAGCACCCCCCCAACCACGGCUCCUGAGGCCAGCCAGCAUCCGGGGGGUGUCUCAGGGAGAGCUUGCUGGCCUCCUGCGGCAUGAGCCACAUUCGCCCCUGUCUCCUCCCACUCUGAAAACAUCCAACCAGAGCUGCAGGGGCCACUGUCUACCCAGAAGGCAGUGCAGCAGACAUGCCCAGUGUCUGAAGUAGUCAGGCUUCAGUCCAGAGAAAUCACAGAUGGGGUGUUUGAGGGAGCUGCAGAGUUGAGAUGGCAGUGUUGUGAACAUCAAGUGGGGAGUGGUCAGCUGCUGUGGCUGUAAUUUUGUCCAAAAUGGGUUCUUUGCUGACCCCUGAAAAAAAAUGGAAGAGUGAGAAUCCUCCUUUAGGCACUUUCCAAAUUCUGGGACAGGGCCUGAAAUCUGGAUCUCAGAAACGUUUGCAGUAUCAAGGGAGGCCAGGAAAACCUGUGGGAUUUUUUUUUUUUCUACUGUCGUUAAUACUAUAAAUGGUAUUGUUUGAUCUCUUUCCUAUAGCCAAAGAGAUGCAGUGGUUGAAGACAUAAAUUGAGUCUGUGUGUUCACUUCACAAAGUAGGAGUGGCUGGGACUUUGAAAGAUCAACCUCUGUCCAAAAGUAUCGAAAUAUUUGCGAGGCGUAAAUAUUCUGCCUUUGUUACUGACAUCUACCUUAAUUUUGGCGCAGCUCAAUUCUGUUAUACAAGCCUGGUCAACUUCAUUUGGUCCAUUUUGUAAUUUAUCAACGAGAAAAGGACAUUUCCAGAUAUGGUACAAGAUUUAAAUGAAGCGAUGCAUAUUAUGUACUCUGCGUCUUCAAAAUUCUAAUGACAUGAAUUGAUAACAUAAGCUAUGAAUAAUGAUUAGCCCAGGGUGUGUGUAAAUUCUUUAGACAUGAAUGAGCAUGGACACACCCCAUUAAUGUUGAUUCACCAACAAGGGCUCAUUCAGUCACAUUCAAAAGCAAAGCAUUUUAUUUGUAAAUGUUACCGUACAGCUUGGCAAACUUGUUCUUCCUUUCCUGAACAUACACAGAAACCCUCAUGUCUUUGUCCAGUUUAUUGAACUGCAGAAUAAAGAAUGGUCAAAGGUUAUGCUCCUAGUCUUCAUGGAGUAUUUCAAGGAAUUGCACUGAAAUUUGCAUUUAGAUGCUGCUGUUGUAGCAUGUAACCAUUAUGAUUGUAAUAUACUGCAAUAAUUUUAUUUUCCAGACCACUCUUUGAAUGGAGGUCACAUCUGUUCUACACUGUAAUCUCGCUCACUGUAAAUAGGGUUGCUGUAGUUUGACUGGCUUGUACAGUUUAAGGGUUUGUAGUUCCUGGAAAUAUUGAAAAAUAUACAAAGGUGCAGUGGGAUGAGAUUAAAACACUGAACACAAGCAAAUGCUAAGCAUGUAUAUUUUAUCAAAACCCAUGUAUUUUUAGAAUUUACCCUGAAUUGUACAAAAAAUACCUUUUUCAUAUGUAUUCUGUAAAUGACAGUGGUGGUUUUUUUUUUGUUUUUAAACAAGAUUGGUGCGUUGGUGAAUAGUGUGCUGUGAUCUACAAGUCUGUCGUUGUUGCCCCAGGCAACUAUAACUGACAGCUGAGCUUAUCCAAAGGAUUGUGCCUUCAGUGAUGUACCCAAUUCAAACCUGUACUGAGACCAGAGUCUGAGAGAAAACGGCAUAAGCAUCCAGAGAACCAAAUUCAGAUUCCACCCCAGUCCGAGAUGAUCAUGAGCUCUUAUCACACGUGGACUUAGGAGCAGGAAAAUGCUGCACUGUAAGCAGACUCCAGCUCCGAUGCCAGGGCAGAAAGAUUCACCAGACUUGUGGUUCUUUGCGGGGCAAAUGUUUUGCUUCUUUGGACCAGCACCAAAUCGGACCUUCCAUGCACUCAAGGCUUCUAAGUUCCCUGAUUAAAUAUGUACAGUUGCCCAGAAUACCAUGAGAACAGUGGUAGACUAUAACAUCCUGUUUUAUUGAACAUGUCAAAAAAUUCUUUAUAAUAAAGAUUUAUGGAAUCUUG